AACUCUAUUCUACCAGGACAGGGGUCUGUUUUUGCAUUCUUACUGAUGAUUUUUCAUGCAUAACGGCUCCGUGCGAAGCAUAUUGGGCCUAUGUUCAGGACUUGUUGCAUAUCAGAACUCGCAUCGACGUGCAGAACUCUAGCCCAAAGCAUGAAAGUCAUGAAUAUAGGCAACUGGUAUUUGAAUGGUAGGCCUGCGCAGAUAAAGAACCCACACCAAUGAUGGUCUGGUAUGCCAAUAUUUCCAUGUAUUUAUGGGAGUCUUGCAUAGAAAUUACUGUAACUCAAACAAACUCAUAUUUUCUGAUCCACCAGCUCUAGAUACGUAACUUGGGGCUGAACUGAAAUAGACCUAUGUCGAUAGGGUUUCCUCUGUAGUCCCUGCGAUAUUUAUGAAUUACCCAAUGGCAUACACCGUUGUUGAAGAUACACUCAAUAUCCUUCAAGGUUAUUGGAUAGUGUGCGCGCUCUCUCGAUGUGACGGAAAUGGCAACGGAGAGGUGAGGGAGGGGAGAUUUUUAAUGGCAGUCAUUGGCGCACAAGAAUCCAGUCGGUUUAGACUUCAACUUACAAAUAUCAAUUAAAACAGCUGAUCUUGGCCAACAAAUAUUAAUCAUACAGUUGAACUUUGUAGGCGUUGUGGGAUAGUACCAUACUGGAUUUUCUUCUCUCGCUGGACUGAGUUUAACUCUUGUUUUGUGACACUGCAUCGAGGACGGAGGCCUAGCCGGGAGUCAGUGGAGAGAAGCGGCUUCGUCGGAGUUGAUAGUGAGAAUAUGUAACAGACUUCAACAUGACAUCCCGAUUUGGUAAAACCUACAGUCGUAAGGGUGGCGAAGCUAACACCAAGUUCGACGAGGUCUUUUCGAACAAAAAGGCCACUAUAAGCACGAAAUGGGGGGAGACUACCUACAAGGCGCAGCUGUCUUCCAAGCGGCCCAUCGUCAAACAGCAAGAGGUACCAGAGCCACCCAAGAGGCCCAGGCUGGAGGAGGACGACAACUCAGACGACCCCUUUGGCUUUGACAGCGAUGACGAGUCCAAAACGUCCUCCUCCACCACCACUAAAGCUGCUGCUCAGCCGGAGAGCCAGCCAGCAGCAGCCACCCAGCAGUCUCAGCCCAAGACGUCUGUGGUGAUGAAGAGUGCACCAUCGGCAUCAUCAGACUUGUCGGCCUCCAGAGCAGACAAGCCCCUGCAGACGAGCGUGACGGUUAGCGCCUGGUCCAGAUCCGCCGCCGCCACCGCCAAGCCCACCUCGUCCUACACCACCCUGAAGACCACCGUUACCAAGGACACCUCCGACGGAUGGAACUCAGAGGGCAGCCAGAGAUCAUCGUCACCAGGUGAGGACUCGUUGGAGAGCGAGGGCCCCAGCGGACUGUCCCAGGAGGAGGCCCCGCCGGCCCCCGAACCUGAACCAGAACCACUGGACUUCGAGCAGCUGCCCCUCCUCAAGUCGACCACCAACCGGGUCUACCACAGGCCCAAGAGGCACAAGGACACUGGAGAGGGGGACGACGGCUCGCCCCAGAAGGAUAGCCAGCCUCCCGCUCACCCGUCAGCAUCAUCCACCUCCUCCUCCACCACCACCGCCGCUACAUCCUCCACCACCGGCCCCAGCAGCAGCGGCGUGGGACGGGGCUCCGGGGCGCCGCCUAGUGGCAGUGGCACCACACAGCAGCAGAAGCCCGCCGGUCGUGGCAGGGUGCGGGACUACACGGUGCUGCACCCCUCGUGCGUGUCCGUGUGCAACGUGACCAUACAGGACACCAUCGAGCGCACAGACGACCUCACUAGCGCCGCCCCGGUGGUGGAUAUCGGAGAGGCGGGCACCUUCAAGAGGAAGACGGACGCAUCACCUGCCAAGCCCACCAGGUUCCGGCCCACGCAGUCCAAGUCCAAGAAGGAGACCAAGCUGGAGUUCUUUGGGUUCGACGAGAGCGAGGGGCAGGAGGGGUCGGAGGGCGAGGGGGCCACCGCCUCCGGCAGCGCCAGCUACAAGAUCAAGUACUUCGGCUUCGACGAGCUGAGCGAGAGCGACAGUGACGACGACGACGAGGUCAAGGCCAGCAAGAAGGCCCGGAAGGCGGCGGCAGCAGCAGCAGCGGCGGCGGCCAGUGCGGCGGGGGCAGGGGCGUCAUCCAGUGGGGUGGAUAGCCCCCACACCAGCGACUCACAGGAGAGCCAAGCCAGCACCAACACAGACUCCCUGGAGUUCACGGACGACUCCGGAUCGGGCGGCUCGGAGACGCAGAGGCCUCGGCACGGCAAGCUGUUUGACAAGUCCAAGGACAUCAGCCGCAAGAUCUUCAAGAAGUCUCCUGCGAAGGCGGUGUACAACGCCAGACACUGGAACCAGCCAGAGCCAGAGGAACCUCCUGCCCCCACACGCACCAUCUCUGCACCGGCUGCCUUGGGAAGCACCGGCAGUGGCAGCAGCAGCAGUAGCAGCAGUAGCAGCAAAACCGGUGGCGGUGGCAGCGGAAGCAGCAGCAGUAGCAGCAGUAGUAGCAGCACUAGCACUAGCAGCAAGGAGAAGGACACCAACUCCCAUAAGAAGAAGGACGACGACGUCUUCAAAGCACCGCCGCCGCCCCCUAAGCUCAUCAAGUCGGACACCAUCCCCACACAGCCCUAUCAGGACAUCGUCACUGCACUCAAAUGCAGGAAGGAACACAAGGAGCUGUAUACAGUGGUUCAGCAUGUGAAGCACUUUAAUGACGUGGUGGAGUUUGGGGAGAAUCAGGAGUUCACAGACGACUUCGAGUACCUGGAGACGGGACUGAAGAGCGGACAACCCCUCAACACACGAUGCCUUAGUAUCAUCAGUUUGGCCACUAGGUGUGCUAUGCCAGGCUUCCGGAUGCACUUGAGAGCCAGGGGGAAGGUGGCACAGGUCUUCAAGAUGCUCAGCGACGCACCACAACAUCCGAACCUGGCGUUGUGCACGGCGUCUCUGAUGUACAUCCUGAGUCGGGACCGGUUGAAUAUGGAUCUGGACCGGGCCUGUCUGGAGCUGAUGAUCCGGCUGCUGGAGCUGGAGCAGGACAACAGCCCGGUGGACGACCAGCUGACGGCCAAGGAGAUCUCCAAGGUCAAGGAGAAGAUCCGCAAGCUGUGCGAGACCGUACACAACAAGCACUUGGACCUCGAGAACAUCACGACCGUGCACAACAAGCACCUGGAUCUGGAGAACAUCAUGGUGGGGGAAGCACAGUUUUAG